AUAUAUAUAUAUGACAUUGAAACUGUGAAACAAACUCUGUGUGUGUAAUAAACAUGGCGCCGGUUGACAAUUCACCUACGGGCAGUAUGAGCGGUUUUCAAUUAAUUUGUUCAUUUAAAUCAAAUGAAUCAAUUCCUGUGCAUAAAUAUAAAUCAGUCAAUACUGGACUAACUGUUUUUAUAGCCGAUGUUGAUGGACCUCUUGUUUGUGGCUUUUUUUGUCUCGCAACGGAAGCAUUCGAUGACGAUGGCCUGCCACAUACAUUGGAGCAUCUUGUUUUUAUCGGCAGUGAGAAAUAUCCAUACAAAGGAGUUUUGGAUUUAGUGGCGAACCGAUGUCUUGCAUCCGGUACAAAUGCAUGGACAGAAACUCAUCACACUGCCUACACAAUGAAAACUGCCGGCUCCGAGGGAUUUUUAUCUCUAAUGCCUAUUUACCUUGAACACAUUCUUUUUCCCACACUUACGGAAUCUGCUUAUAAAACAGAAGUUCAUCAUAUUACCGGAGAAGGCAAGGAUGCUGGAAUUGUUUACUCUGAAAUGCAAGGUUGCAUGAACACCGGCGAGGAAAUGACGUACAUGAAACUUUUAAGAGCUCUUUAUCCGGGAAAAUGUGGCUAUAAAUCCUACACUGGCGGUGCUUUGGAAAAUUUACGAGAGAGUACUUCAAACGAAAAAGUUCGCAAUUAUCACAAAGAAUAUUACAGACCGGAAAAUUUGACAAUAAUAAUUACUGGACAAGUGAAACACACAGAGGUAUUUAAAGCACUUCAAGGAAUCGAGGAGAAAAUUUUGUCAAAAGGAUCGGGGGAUUUGUUCAAAAAACCUUGGCAAGGCGAAGUGGAAGCUUUAGCAGAAAAAUUUGAUUUUGAUGUUUUCUAUCCUUGCGAUGAUGAGGACAAUGGAAUGGUGAUAGCAGGUUGGCAAGGAUCAUCAAUUAACGACUAUUAUAAACAUGUGGCUUGUACUGUUUUACUCAGGUAUCUCACAAAUACAUCAGUCAGUCCACUUCAACAGGAGUUUGUCGAAAUUGACGAUCCCUUUGCGAAUGAUGUUGAUUCGGAAAUUUGUGAAAAUUCCACACCCCUAUAUGGUAUAAGAUUUGAUAAUGUGCCUAAGGAAAAGAUUCCCUUAAUAAAGGAUCGAUUAAUAAAUACUCUAAAGGAAAUUGGUAGCAAGGACGAUGGAAUUGACAUGAAGAGAAUGGCCAUUGUUGUACAAAAAAGUAUUCUCGAAAUUCAAAGUGGAAUGGAGAGCAGUCCUGACACUAUCAUUGUUCGAUCGUUAGUUAACGAUAUUUUAUUUGGUAAUUCAAAUGAAGAUCUAAAUAAAAGAUUAAAUUUAAUCGACAUAUUCAGAAAACUACAAAGCGAACCUGCGUCAUUCUGGUUAAAUCUUUUGAAUAAACAAUUUGUCGAUGCACCAUUUGUGUUUACAAAAGGAAUUCCAAGUAUUAAAAAGAAGAUCGAAAUGACUAAAGAAGAAGAAGAACGUAUUGAGAAGCAAAAACAGAAAUUGGGAGAUGAAGGACUCAAGAAGAAGGAGAAAGAACUUGAGGAAGCUAUCGCAGAAAACGAAAAACCAGUGCCUGAUGAAAUAUUGACAUCUGUACCAAUUCCAGGAACAGAUUCAAUUAAUUUCCACUAUAUAAAAAGUUUUUCUACUGAUUCAUUGGAGCAGCAUCCGAGAUUUGACGUUAACAAACUUCCUCUCUAUACAUAUUUAGAUCACGCCAACACGAACUUCGUUUAUCUCUUUGUAACAAUGGACACAUCGAAAGUACCUGAGAAUUUGAGACCGUACAUUCCAAUUUUAUUGGAAUUACUUUUAGUUUCACCUGUCAAUCGAGAUGGUAAAUUAAUACCGUACACGGAUAUUGUUAACGAAUUAGAAUCCGAUACAAUUCAAAUUUCGAGUGGAGUAGGAGUAAAGGGUGGAGGUCGCUUUUCUUGUGGCACUUUUAGCCAAGGAGCUAAUCUCAUACUUCAGGUGGAAAUCGCAAAGUACGCAAAAGGAGUUCAAUGGAUUAAGGAAUUGUUGUACGAUACAGAAUUUACCCCAGAAAGAUUGAAAGUCAAUGCUGCUAAAAUUCUUAAUGAAGUUUCGAGUGCAAAGAGAGAAGGAAAUCUAAUGACGAGUGCUCUUUUGAAAGGAUUAUUGUACAAAACAGAGAGCAAUCAGUACACAUUGAGUGUGUUGCGGCAACAGAAAUUCCUUACGAAAAUGCUCGAAAGAUUGGAAACCAAUGAGGGAAUGAAGGAAGUCACGUCGGAAAUUAAUCAAGUUCGAAAAAUUCUAACUAUGCCGAAUUUCAUGGCCCUUCACAUGGCUUUCAAUGUCGAUAAAUUAGUCGCACAAAAUCCAAAUGUCUACGCACCAUGGAAAGAAUUUUUCUGUGACGUUCAAUGUCCCGACAAGUCAAAGUUAAAAAUUCAUGCGGAUCAUGAAUUUAUAAAUCCAUUGGGAAACAUUGCAUUGAAUGGAUGUGUCACUGGUCUAGGAUGCAUUGAAUCUGCAUUUAUGGUUCAAUGUACACCUUCUAUUAAAGAUUUUAUGCAUCCCGAUAAGGCAGCUUUGAUGGUUUAUCUUCAGUACCUAACCCAAUUAGAGGGUCCAAUGUGGAAGAAGAUUCGAGGUCAAGGUCACGCUUAUUCAUACGGAAUGAGUGUUGCAUCAAAUGAAGGUCAUCUUUACUUUACUCUAUAUAGAGCAGUAAAUAUCAUAAAUGCUUACAAAGAAGCCAGAGCAAUAAUGGAAAUGUAUCUCAAUCAAGAUAAUUGGGAUUCAAUUUUAUUCGAUUCGGCGAAAUCGUCACUGAUUUUUGAAAUAAUAAACAGUGAGAAAACUGUUCAAGGCAUGAUUGGACAAUCGUUGUUGUCCAACUAUUUUAACAUUCCUCACGAUUAUAAUCGGCAACUGGUGAAAAAUGUUUCAUCUGUUACGCUCGAUGAUGUUCAUCGUAUUGCACCUCAGUAUAUUAAAAAAUUAUUAGAUCCCAAAGCUUGCACAACAUCAAUUGUUUGCCAUCCAAGUAAAGUUGAGGAGAUCGCUAAGGCUUUCAGUGGAUUUGGUUACGAUUUAAAAGCAUACAACUCGCUUGACGAAACGCAUCUUAAUGAAUAAAAAAAAACAAAAUUGUGACUUUCAUGUGCUUUUUUUACUUUUAAGUAUCUAAUAACAAAUUAAUGUGCAUUUUGUAAGAAAUAGAAGUUAUUAAUAAAAAAUUUUUACUGGUUA